AUGUCUUCAGUCUAUCUUUCGUUAGUGCACCCUAGUCUUAUGGAGCCCGUUUACCAAAUUUCCAGUGAUUCCAUCUGGAGGGCAUCGUCAAAAAUAGCUACAAAGGAAGUUUGCUCGAACAUUGAAAAAAAAAAUUACAAAAUGAUGCUAAUGAAUAAUAGGAACUAUGCGGGAAAUAUGAGUGUUCACAGCUCGUCAACAGGACCUUCGAGCGUUUUUUCUAAUGAUGAAGGAACAUAUGAGCAGAAAGUACGUGAAAUCGAAGAGUACUACGUGAGGACUCUUCUUAAUGAAGAUGAAGUCGAACAGGAAAGCACAGAUGCCGUUGUAGAUCAAGAAUGGAAUAGAUCUGAAACCAGUAGCGUUACCUCGUCACCCACUAAAUUACCCUUUGCAUUUGAAUCGAGGAAUGUUAGUGAAAAGGCGCUCUUUGACACUAGUAAUAGAUCAUCUGUAUCAGCGGAACCUCUGGAGUUCAAUGGAAAUGUAACUGCAAGCGGUACACCCAUAAAGAAAGAAUUGGAAGUCAAGAUUAAUUCGGAGUAUGCCCCAAAGAGUGAUCUUUUGCCAUUGACGACCGAGAAUUUGGAAAGACUGUCAAUAACGAGCGAAAAACUGCCAUGUAAGCCAGCGGUCCAUAUUAAGAAGACCACUAGCAGUGUGAAUAACAAUAAUGGUAAUGGCAAUGAUGGUAAUCUCCAGGACACCAAUAGAGGACUCUACAAAACUGAACUCUGCGAGUCUUUUACAACGAAGGGAACCUGUCGUUAUGGAAAUAAAUGUCAAUUUGCGCACGGGUUGUCAGAAUUGAAAUUUAGACAGUUCGGUAACAACUUUAGGACAAAACCUUGUAUCAAUUGGACAAAGCUAGGCUAUUGUCCCUAUGGUAAGCGUUGUUGCUUCAAACAUGGUUCUGAUCAAGACAUUAAAGUCUAUUUGAAGGCUGGUACUUAUCUGUCGAAUUCCGAAAAGGAGGAAAAGAAGAAUUUACACGCCAAUGUGAAGGCCUUGCAAAAGAUUACUUGGUAG